CUGGCUGGAACUGGAAGUGAUGCGCCUGCCCCUGCCUCCCCGAGUGCUGGGAUCAUAAUCAUGCGCCUGGUGGUCGUCAAGCCGUCUUUGAAAGAAAAGUGAGGGGUUGUUUCUCCCCCCUACCACUCCCCUCACUGCUCCCAUCUGAAGGUUACAGACUUGGCUACUUUACUUUCUUGGGAUGUCUUCGGUUUCUGGGGAACUAGAUCAGAAUCUCAGGAAACAAGCUCGGCAGCUGGAAAAUGAACUUGACCUGAAACUAGUUUCCUUCAGUAAACUGUGUACGAGUUACAGUCACAGCAGCGCCCGGGACGGAGGACGGGAUAGGUAUAGUUCUGACACAACACCCCUAUUGAAUGGAUCAAAUCAAGACAGAAUGUUUGAGACAAUGGCAAUCGAAAUUGAACAGCUUUUGGCAAGGCUCACAGGGGUAAAUGAUAAAAUGGCAGAGUACAGCAGCAGCGCGGGGGUCCCCUCGCUGAACGCAGCACUGAUGCACACGCUGCAGCGGCACAGGGACAUUCUGCAGGAUUAUACACAUGAAUUCCAUAAAACCAAAGCAAACUUUAUGGCAAUACGGGAAAGGGAGAAUCUCAUGGGAUCAGUACGAAAAGAUAUUGAGUCAUAUAAAAGUGGGUCUGGAGUAAACAACAGGAGAACUGAACUGUUUUUGAAAGAACAUGACCACCUUCGAAACUCUGAUCGUCUGAUAGAAGAAACAAUAAGCAUUGCUAUGGCAACAAAAGAAAAUAUGACUUCACAGAGAGGAAUGCUCAAGUCAAUUCACAGCAAAAUGAACACUUUGGCCAACCGCUUUCCUGCUGUGAACAGCCUGAUACAAAGGAUCAACCUUAGGAAACGACGAGACUCGCUCAUCCUUGGAGGUGUCAUUGGCAUCUGUACCAUCCUGUUGCUGCUGUAUGCGUUCCACUGAGAGGAUGCUCCCAGGACUUUGCCCGCCACCUUCAAGCCCUGACCUGGAGUGGGGAAUGUAGGGAGGAAAGCCUGUCCUGGCCGUGAGCCUGCCAGCCAGAUGAAUUCUCAACUGCACCCAUGGCUCUGACCUGGUCGGACUGAGCUGAAGCCACAGUUUUUCUCUGCUGUCUUUUCUAAUACACAUUACUCUGUUUUUAAUUUUGAAAACAACAACAACAAAAGGUUUCAGUUGCUUGUUUCUCCCUAGGAGGUAAGCAAGCAGAAGCCAAACCUGGGCUUCGGUGACUGGGGAAGCCUGAUGACCAGCAGGCCUCAAAGCUGGACUCCUCACAGCACCAGGCUCUCCACAUCCAAAGAUGGCAUCGCUUUCAGCCACAAGAUUGGAUGUAAAUAAAAAUAAUUCUUGUCCUUUUAUUUAACAUUUGUGAUGAGAAAUCAGCUGUGACUUGGAUUCUAUUCUGUGUCCCUAACUCUUGGCAGUCAAGAAAAGUUCCAUUUCCCACCGAAUCUGUAAGAGUUGAUAGGCCAGCUUCAUGUUGAGGUCUGAAAUGGAAAGCACUGAGAAAGCGUGUCUUCUCUCUCCAGUCGUGAGUGUGGGUCAGCUGUACGACUGAAUACAUCAGAAUGGCAGGCCUUGUAAAAGGAGCUGGUCGUUGCUUUAUUAUUUCUUCCAUUGGGUUAAUAUUUGCUUCUACAUGAUAAAACUGCAUUUCAGUGACAAACAGCCAGUGUCUGUCAUUGCCCCUAGUGGUCCCUCAUCAUGUGAAGAUUAAUCCCAGGACCUGAGGGAGGGACUGAGCUUCUCAGUGAGGUCUACUCUUGUGAGAAGGUGUUGAGGGGCGGCUCUCUGGGUCAUUCUGUUUGCCUGUGUUCUGCAGCCUGAGCAAAGGCUUAAGAACUGUAGCCUGAUGGCACUGGAACUCUGCCCUGUGCACAUGUAUUCAUUCCUCCUCUGUUAGGCCCCGCCCUACUCGCAGGCCAUGCCACGGUGUCACCAUUGAGGUGUAUUGUGACUCCUGCCCACACCUGACUGGACAGAGACAAAGUUGUAAUACUUUUCAGGUUAGCUGUAUCUCAGCAUCGGUAAAUUGGUAACGUCUUACUGCAGCAGCAGAUAGUUUAAAGACCUCCAGUAUCUGCUUACGGAGAGAAGGCUCUGGCCCCACCGGGAUGUCCUCAGGCACACUGUGCGCGGCGGUGAGAUAUUGGAAUGUAGCCCCACACCGUGGUGUGAGGGUGCUGCCACUCGUGGGCAGGCUGACCGAGACGCCGCUCUGCUAUCGAAGUGUUGGUACAUUCUAGGUAUGAAAGGCAUUUGAUAUAUUUUUCUUAAUUAUGGGGUUUAUUUUUCUAAAUAUGGGUUAAUCAGCUUCUUGACUGGGCAUGUCCUUAAAAGGAAAUUAAAUUCCCCUCUGUGGACCUUAAGAAUCAGGGAAUUUGAUUUGUUAAAGUCUCUUUAGGAGAACAGAACUUCUCUUCCCUGACACUUUAUUAUCUUUGAUUUUUUUCAAAGGGCCUUGAUUGGCGGUUGUGCCUCAGCUAGACUUUAUGGGACUUUGGUUGUUCUAUAGUGGGCUUAUAUAAAAAUCUGAAGUAUCGUAAAUAAAGUUAUUUAUUUAAAUAUACUGCCAGUCUUUUGUACUGGUUUGCUUACUUGUUUCAGUCACUAAAGCUGAUGAAUGAUCCUAAGCUAGGACAUGGCCUGGCUCAUUGCCCUAGGCCACAGCACAGCAGCUGAAGGCAGGUGGACGGCGCCAGGAGGCAGUGCUCAGAUGAACACAUAGAAUUAUGUUGCUUGUAGGUGCUGGGGACAGGAGUCUGACUAACCUCCCAGUGUGGUGCCCAGAGGGGGGCUGCCCCUCCCCUUCCGGUUCCGCCCUGCCGGGACACUGUGAUUGCCAACUGGGACUUCAGUGUUAAGACAGUCAACUUUUUUCACGUUUAUUUCUCUUACUUUGGGCUAUCCUCACAUACCCAGUUUUCAGGCUUAGGAGGUGGCUGUUAAGAAUUUCUGGUCAGAGCCUGAGGUAAGAGGGUUUUUUGAUUUGCGAUUCCCAAUGAAAUAUUUCUUAGGAAAGAUUUGUUUCCUUAGCCAUUGUUUUUUAUAGACUACUUUUGAAAACUAGUUUUAGUAACCAUUCAGAACUUCCCAUUUCGCUAAAAAAAAAUAUGAAAAAUGGAAACAGAAGAAAAUUCUAGGUUAAUGUCUUAGAAUUUAAGUGUUUGUCUUGAGAGCAUCUCAAGUUUAGCCCUGGCUGGCCUUGAACUCCUGCCUCAGCCCCCUAAGAACUUUGGACUGCUGCUACCUGACACAUACCACCAAGCCUGGCUCCAGACAGCAGAUUUCUCCAGUUUGUCUUUGGUACACCAGUGACUUAGUGAGGAUGUGCAGUACAUUGUUGCUGGGGUCAGGCGUGGUGAUCACCGGCCUGGCCAUGUGGUCUGUGCUCUGCCGCCCACACUCCUCACCUGUUGUUUUUCCUUCUCCUUGAUACCAACAUUUACUUUGAUUGAGAAUGUGUGUUGUUUUUUUUUUUUCUUUUUCCUGGUCCUCAGAUUAGAUGUGUGUAUUCAGAUCACCAUGGGGACAGGUGAGGAAGACCCGAGCGCUUCCAUGUUGGCUGUGGGCAUGUGAAUGGAAAGCAUACUCGCUGGUCUGACACAGUGACCUUGGGCCCUGUAGAGUUGAGGUACCUUGACCUUUACUCCCACCAUCAUUGCUCUCUCGCAUUGCUGAUUAUCUCAGCCUGAGGGAGUGGCUUCUAAGAACAGGCCCAAUCUAAUACUUUAACUUCUGUCAUUGUCUAGAUAAGAUUUUUGGAAAUGCAUUGAAUAUUUGACUUGUAAUGUUAGGUUGUUGAGAUAAAUGACUGUGCCCAAGUCAUUGGUAGCAAAUGUGACAGAGCAAACGCACCUUCUCUAGUGACUGAAUGGACGCUAUUCUCCUUUUACAGUAGGAGUCAUUAUUUGGCCUAGUCUCCAAAAAGAUGUAAAUUUUCCCACUGUGGUCUCAAACUUGUCCAUUCUUGGGUGUGCCCGAAUGCCCCUUUCUCGGGGUGAUCUGCAACAAGCCAGGUCUGAGCAUGCUAAUCCGGGGGAGACUCUGGGACAGCUGAGCCGUGUCUUAAGGGAUCUUUUUAAAAAAAAAAUGUGACCUAAAAUCAUCGUACCAAAAUAUUUGUACCAUCUUCUAGUAGCUUUCAGAGACGGAGAGAAUCAGUUCUAAUCACAUUUAUCCGGAUGGAAGGUGAUUCCUCAUGAAAAAUGCCAAUACAGCUUUUUUUUUUAAUCUCUUCUUUUCCAAAUGCACUUUCUAAUUUUUUGCUUUUAAAAUAGCUUCUUGGAACCAAUAUUAUUGUAUUUGUACUUAAUUUUUGUUCUCAUCUAAAUGUGCAUUUUCUGACUGUAUAGAAGAAACUUUGUUAUAUAAUUUAAUAAAUUAAAUAUCUAAA